UAUUUUUUGGCGUGUUGCAUCCUCAAAAGCAAAAAGAACGGGAAAUGCAUGUGGAUUUGAGUAUAAUUAAAGAGGAAAUCGACAUUGAUGACACCACGAUCAAGCUGGAGGGGGAAGAUAAUAUGCCGGACGAGACAAUGGAUAUUUCCUGUGCGAGUAGCGCCGUGAAAAUACUUGAGGAGCAUGCCGAUAUGGUAACAGUACCACUCAGCGAUGAUAAAUCGGAGGACGAGCUCAAGUUUAUAGCCAGCUUAAGUACGCUGGAUGCCCAACAGUUAUUCGCAGAAUCGUCGCAGAAUCAAAAUGGCUGUCCAUACGAGUGUCACAUUUGCCAUUUACAACUACCCACUGAACUGGAGAUCAAGGCGCACUUUGUUAACCACCAGAUGAACCGUCACUUCUGUCGCCAUGGAUGCGGUGCCUGGUGCGGCACGCUGGAAUUGGUGCUGGAGCACGAAUAUCGUCAGCAUUCCCAAGGAAUAUACACGUUCUGCUGCAGGAUCUGUGAUUUAAGGGUUGAUGGCGCCGAUCGCUUGGCCAGCCAUAUGAAAAGCCACUGUUAUGUGAAUCGCUAUGUCUGUGCCAUAUGCCGUCUUCCUUUUGAAUCUCAGAUGGGCCUUAACCUACACCGAAAAAACACCACCCAAGUCUGCGGGCAGGUGGACUAUAUUCAGAAAAUCUCUACAACACCAGAGCUCGUGGCAGCCAAGGCCUCAUCACCAGCUGAUGCGCUAUACGAUGUGAAGGUUAAAGACGAACCGCUGGACGCAGAUGAGAUGGGGCCACACCCACAGAAUGAAGCUGGUCUUCAUAUGUACAUUAAAGACGAGCCCCUGGACGAGGAGAUGCCCGACUUGUGUGACAGCAUCAAGACAGACUCCAAAAUGGCAAAUCCCAAAAAGAAGAUGCCAGUGUCUUCGAAAGGAUCGAUCUGGGCAAGCCUACCCGUUGAGCUGAGGAACAAGCUGCGAUUGCCUGCCUUGAAGCCCAAGCAAGAGAUACAAACUACCCAUCGGCCACCCUUCAAAUUUUCAAAAUGGAAUGGCCCACCAACAUCAAAUGCCACUUCUGGUGGAGUCCAGCGGAGUUUAUUCAAAGUUUUGCCUAACGGCCAAAAAGUAAACGUGACGGAUAUGUUAAAGAAAGUCGCAAAUUCUAAUACGGCUAUGCGUGGAAAGCCCCCAAUAUCCCCUAAUAUACUGAAAGUAUUGCCCAACAACUGCAUGGUCAUUAAAUUGCCGCCAAAUACAAAAAUUGUAAAGCUGUCGAAUCAGCCAAGUGCAGUUGCCACUGCAACGUCCCCACAGAACGUUGUUCAGUUGCCAGACUCGCUUACAAUUAGCAAGAUAACGCCAGAAAGAGCGUCAUCCCCCAAUACAACUAGUCCAGUGGACUAUAAACCUCUUCUUCCUCCCAGGGAUCGCUGUUACUCCCUGAAGAAUCGACCAGAAUGUCAGGAAUUGAUUACAGAAUUUCAAAAUCAAAUACGCUCCAUUGAAAAAACGCUUCCCAUUCCGGGAACAGUUUUACAUGCAAGGGAUAAAGAAACUAACGGACUAAACGCUGAACCAGUAGUCCCAGUGAUUAGCACAUUGGCAGGCGAGCCCUCGAAUGUGGAAGUAUUUCUUAAUCCCGGCGCCCAUACGGUGAUGGCGGAACUGCGGAAGAAAUACCCGAACAACCGUUUCUUCUGGAUUUGUCCCAUCUGUACGCGCAGCUAUGAGCAAGGCUCCGCAUUUCGCAGGCAUCUGGUCCAGGAGCAUAAACUGAAGAGCGCCAACUUUUCAGAGCUAAAAGUAGAUUUGAAGCCCGUAAGAAAACCGGAAUCAAGUGGGACGGAGUUUGCUUCCUUGAGUGAUUCAGCUUCGGAGAUAUCAAAGCCAGCAACUCCGACAAAAGAAAUACCACCUUUGCUUAAAUCCGCACCGACUCCAGCAAUCGAAGCAGUACCAUCAGAGUCCGAACCAAAGAUAAAUACACUCAAGCCCCCACAUAUAGAUGACACAAAGCUAUCGCAGUUCCAGUGCCCCACGUGCCUUAAAAUCUUCACCACCCAGGGAGGCAUGCGAAUUCAUAUGUCCAUCCACACGGGGGAAAUGCCAUACAAGUGCCAAUAUUGCGAAAAGCGCUUUCGGACUCCAGGUCAAGUGCGGGUGCACUUGCGCCGACACACUGGGGAGAAACCCUUUCAAUGCGAGAUCUGCGGACUGCAUUUUACUCAUCGAGAGACACUCAUCUCUCACCUAUCGCGCCAUAUUGGAAUGAAGCGCUACAAGUGCUACGGCUGUGACAAGUACUUUGUUGUAGUUAGCGGCCUUCGGGCCCAUCGUCGCCUGCGGCCGGAUACGUGCGGCAAGGUUAAGUUCACGGCCCGAGCUCAUGGGCCUCGGGUGCGUGUCAUAAAAGGGCAAGUAGUCUUUGAGCACCAGCCCAUCUAUAAUGGCUACUUGCGCAGUGAAGAUCCUCUCGAUAUAUUGAAAGAGCGCGGCCAAAUCGACUCAAUUCCUUCGAACCAAGUCGAGGACAAGCCUGAAGCCGAAGCCAAAGCCAAAGCUGAGGGUCUAGAUUAG